AUCUUUGCGUCGCAAAGCAACGGCCAUGGACAUGAAGAGCCACGCUAGCGUGUUCUCGGUACUAUUUCUCGCAGCUACUGUCGCUGCACAAUCGGAAAACUGCCCUCGGUCCACCGGGUGUAAUACGUGCUGCUGUAAUUCCUCCUCCAACACCGAGUUCUUUGAGUCAGCAGACGGCACCACCGCACUCGAGUGCACGGCCAUGCCCGCCCUCUACGAGAACCUCAUCGGGAACUUUUUGGUUGAUUUUGUGAUACUAGGCCCUGUAACUAGCGGAGACGGAUACACCACUGGCGAAGUUGUGGUAGAUAGGUACCACCCCCUGGUGUCGGUGGUAGCUAGGCAGGACCCUAGCCCAGACAGCGUAGCUGGAGCGGCAGACCUAAUCCUGUGCGAUGGGGACACAUGGAAAGAGAGUGUGAGGGUAUGCCUUGACCUGUUCUCCACUGGAGCUGCUUCUCAGAGAGCUCCUCGUGACAGUAACUGUAGCUAUGGCUACAUACAGUGGACCCUACUGGAAACAGAGGAGUUUGAACCACGUGAUGAAAUUCCCGAGGCCUGCUAUCCUAGAGUCCCUGAAAAAUGCCCGGAAACUGGUCCUAUCCAAGGUUGCCCAAGCUGUUGUUGUGAAUCUAGUGAAAACGUUGAAUUCUACAAUCCGGACGCUCCCACAGAGCCCAGCUGCACUGCACCAGUUCCUGCCACCUACAACAUCACCUUUACCUUCAACUGGACUCAAACUUGCCAUCCCGACUACAGCUUUGGUUUCCAGCAGGCCUUCACGAACCCAGUGGCACUGUCACACAACCCGCAGUUUCGUAUGUGGGAUGCCUGCAUGGACAACCCUACCCUCGGUGUGAGAUCCAUUGCCGAAAACGGUCACACUAACAUCACCCUACAAGAAGGAGAAGCGGCUGGAGAAAACACUCUAGAUGGGUCGUUUGGCGACAUUCUUUUCAGUGGGGUUGGAAGCGUUUCUAUAACCCUGUCAGUGGAUAAAGAGCACCAGUGGGUCUCAGCAGGGUUGAUGCUGGUACCGAGCCCCGAUCGAUUUCUCGGAGUCGCAGAUCUGCGUCUCUGCAAUGGAGAGGCGUGGAAGGAGAGAGUGAAAGUGUGUCUCGAGCUGUUUGCGUCUGCUACGGCUUCAGAGAGGGUAGCUCCAGAGGGAGAAAGGAACAGCAUCCAAGCAAACAACUGCAGCUUUGGAUAUGCGGAAUUUAAUCUGAUGGGGUCUUCUGUGACCGAUUCUACUGCAGCUACUGUUCAAGCCAAGAACGUUGGCAUUCUGCUGCUGGCCACCAUGUUCAUGUCAUUCCUACUCCUUAUCAACUAGUUGUAGAAGAUCAACUACCUAUAUAACAAUGAUGGAGUUAUGUUUAUUUAAUCAUUCAGCGAGCUUCUUUAGUUAGAAUAGUUGACAAUGAGUAGAUUGUAGAUAUUAAAGACAAUUUUAGUGGAAUAGCAAUUUUGAUGAUCAUAAUUUUGGCUGAUGUAUAUAUACAACUACAUAAACUGACAGGGAAAAAAACAACACUGUGUGUGUGUGUGUGUGCGUGUUUGAAGGUUUAAAGGAAGUGAAUGUGGACUCCAAAGGGAAUGCAGCAUCUUAGUGGUAAACAGACAAACAAUAAACAAAACAUACAAAUUGAACAUUCGUUCAGGACGAAGAUUUCAUCCGACUCAGUUUGGGCGAGGUGCCCACUGCUCUCUUGUUCCCCACCCACCCCUUCACACCCACACUGCCCUCGUAGUUCUGAAACAACAGUGGGCGGGUGUAGGCCAGUCUGUAGCUGCUG